UCCCGCGUCCCCUGGGCGGCCGCUAUUGUCUGCGCGCCAGGCUUGGCGGCGCGGGGGGCGUGAUCGCAGCGGCCCCGGGCGCGGGGUGCGGAGACCCGGGCGGGGCUGGGCCCAGGGCGGCGGCGGGAGAAGCCGAAGGAGCCGGGGGAGCCGAGGAGCCUGGGGAGGAGGAGCUGCGAGCGCGGGAGCCCAGCCGGAGCCGCGCGGGCCGCGGGCGAGCGGGAUGCCGGCGGCGGCGGGAGACGGGCUCCUGGGGGAGCCGGCGGCGCCUGGGGGCGGCGGCGGCGCGGAGGACGCGGCCAGGCCGGCGGCGGCCUGCGAGGGAAGUUUUUUGCCGGCCUGGGUGAGCGGCGUGCCCCGCGAGCGGCUCCGCGACUUCCAGCACCACAAGCGCGUGGGCAACUACCUCAUCGGCAGUAGGAAGCUGGGCGAGGGCUCCUUCGCCAAGGUGCGCGAGGGGCUGCACGUGCUGACCGGGGAGAAGGUGGCCAUAAAAGUCAUCGAUAAGAAGAGAGCCAAAAAGGACACCUAUGUCACCAAAAACCUGCGGCGCGAGGGUCAGAUCCAGCAGAUGAUCCGCCAUCCCAAUAUCACUCAGCUCCUUGAUAUUUUAGAGACGGAAAACAGCUACUACCUGGUCAUGGAACUGUGCCCUGGGGGCAACCUGAUGCACAAGAUCUAUGAGAAGAAGCGGCUGGAGGAGUCCGAAGCCCGCAGAUACAUCCGGCAGCUCAUCUCCGCUGUAGAGCACCUGCACCGGGCUGGGGUGGUCCACAGAGACUUGAAGAUAGAGAAUUUGCUACUAGAUGAAGACAAUAAUAUCAAGCUGAUUGACUUUGGUUUGAGCAACUGCGCAGGGAUCCUGGGUUACUCGGAUCCGUUCAGCACACAGUGUGGCAGCCCUGCCUAUGCCGCACCUGAACUGCUCGCCAGGAAGAAAUACGGCCCCAAAAUCGAUGUCUGGUCCAUAGGUGUGAACAUGUAUGCCAUGUUGACCGGGACGCUGCCUUUCACGGUGGAGCCUUUCAGCCUGAGGGCUUUGUACCAGAAGAUGGUGGACAAAGAAAUGAACCCCCUCCCCACUCAGCUCUCCACAGGCGCCAUCAGUUUCCUGCGCUCUCUCCUGGAACCGGAUCCUGUGAAGAGGCCAAAUAUUCAGCAGGCACUGGCGAAUCGCUGGCUGAAUGAGAAUUACACGGGCAAAGUGCCCUGUAGCAUCACCUAUCCCAACAGGAUUUCUCUGGAAGACCUGAGCCCGAGCGUCGUGCUGCACAUGACCGAGAAGCUGGGUUACAAGAACAGCGACGUGAUCAACACUGUGCUCUCCAACCGCGCCUGCCACAUCCUGGCCAUCUACUUCCUCUUAAACAAGAAACUGGAGCGCUAUUUGUCAGGGAAAUCUGACAUCCAGGACAGCCUCUGCUACAAGACCCGGCUCUACCAGAUAGAAAAGUACAGGGCCCCCAAGGAGUCCUGUGAGGCCUCUCUGGACACCUGGACAAGGGAUCUUGAAUUCCAUGCUGUGCAGGAUAAAAAGCCCAAAGAACAAGAAAAAAGAGGGGAUUUUCUUCAUCGACCAUUCUCCAAGAAGUUGGACAAGAACCUGCCCUCGCACAAACAGCCCUCAGGCUCGCUCAUGACACAGAUUCAGAACACCAAAGCCCUCCUGAAGGACCGGAAGGCCUCCAAGUCCAGCUUCCCCGACAAAGAUUCCUUUGGCUGCCGCAAUAUUUUCCGCAAAACCUCUGAUUCCAAUUGUGUGGCUUCUUCUUCCAUGGAGUUCAUCCCCGUGCCACCACCCAGGACCCCGAGGAUUGUGAAGAAACCGGAGCCCCAUCAGCCAGGGCCCGGAAGCACCAGCAUCCCCCACAAGGAAGACCCCCUGAUGCUGGACAUGGUGCGCUCCUUCGAGUCUGUGGACCGAGACGACCACAUAGAAGUGCUGUCUCCCUCUCAUCACUACAGGAUUCUGAACUCCCCGGUCAGCUUGGCUCGCAGAAAUUCCAGCGAGAGGACGCUGUCCCCGGGUCUGCCGUCUGGAAGCAUGUCGCCUCUCCAUACUCCUUUGCAUCCAACUCUGGUCUCUUUUGCUCAUGAAGAUAAAAACAGCCCCCCAAAAGAGGAGGGCCUGUGUUCCCCACCUCCGGUUCCCAGCAAUGGCCCCAUGCAGCCUCUGGGGAGCCCGAACUGUGUGAAAAGCCGAGGCCGGUUCCCCAUGAUGGGCAUCGGACAGAUGCUGAGGAAGCGCCAUCAGAGUCUGCAGCCAUCUGCAGAUAGGCCCCUGGAGGCCAGCCUGCCCCCGCUGCAGCCCCUAGCCCCCGUGAACCUUACCUUUGACAUGGCCGAUGGGGUCAAGACCCAGUGCUAACUUGAGCCAGCGGGAUGUGGGGUAGCUCUAGAAAAUAGCAGUGAAACGGAGCUCCACGCAUCUGUCAGGGUGUGAACAUUCCAA